CAUUGGAUUAAUUUUAUUGUUUCAAAUUUUCCAGUAUAACCAAUCGUGUUAACAUCUGACUGUCAUUAAUUUUCUGCUUUCGGUUUGAUUAUAAGAUCAACAAACUUUAGUUUAGUAAACCCAGUUCCCCUGCAGUUAUACUGAAUGUGGGUCUUAAAAGGGAAUUAGGAAUAGAAAAGAGACUUGCUGUUCUUGAUGGUUCUUCUCUUGUGAAACAGAUUAGGCUCCCAGAUUGAAUAAAUUCACCAUUGAGUCACAUGGCACAGAGGGUUUGAUUAUGAAAGAAUAUAUCUUACGUUUCAUAACAAACAGAGGGCCUCUUGUCUAAAAAUGUCACUUAGGGUCCGCUGCUCCCCAACGCUUUAAUAAGCUUGGACUGAUUCACACUAAUCUAUAAAGACCUGCACUGCCUGAAAUACCUCACAUCUGAAGGGAAUACUUGGGCUCGUUUAGUGAAUAGUUUUUCCAGAGUUUUUAAUUUAUUUGUGUCAAUUAUUAAAUAUAAUUCAGUAUAAGCUUUAAAAAUGAUUGCAACCCUGAGAGGAGCAUUCCACAUCACAGCGUUCGGUUGGUACGCUUUUGUUGUCAAUUAUCUGGCAGCAAAGGAUGGGGAGGAAUUACCUAAAGGAAUUUUUGUCUAUGGGGGACCAUGGAAGUACCUUACUUUUUUAAACCUGCUGCUUCAAAUGACGUUCUUUGGACUGGCAGCAGUGAAUGAUCUCCAACCAGGCAAGAAGGCAAAAAGUGUUUUGAACAGAUGGAAAGACCUCCUUUUCUCUGUCUUUGCAUUCCCUGUAGGGAUGUUUGUGGUUCUGCUUUUCUGGACAAUCUUUGCCUAUGACAGAGAAUUAGUCUACCCGGCAACCAUCGACGCCUUCUUCCCUCCUUGGAUAAACCACGCCAUGCAUACGUUUGUCCUUCCUGUUUUACUUGGAGAAGUGUUGGUGCAGCCUCACACGUACCCACAGAUGAAACAUGCGCUGGCAGCAUUGUUAGUUGUGGGCUUGGCCUAUUUAUCCUGGAUUGUGUGGGUGUAUCUGACAGUGGGGGUUUGGGUGUAUCCCCUCCUCGGACACUUCAGUGCUGCUGGUCUGCUGGGCUUCUUCUUCUUCAACAUGACUGUGGUGACUCUGCUCUAUGUGCUCGGGGACCGGCUCAACAGCCACGUUUGGAGUGAGACACGUUUAUCACCACUGUUCAGUCUCUAUUGUGUCACGUUCUCUUUUAUAUUUCUCCCUUUUGUUUUCUUCAUUCCAGAACAGGACAAAGCAGAGUGA